CAUUAUCGACAGUGUUACAAACCGUUAAUAAAUUCCAUGUCGUUCUUAUCUUCAUAUUAAGUGGUGGCAAGGUCCACAACUUACGAAUGAAUGGAAAGGGUCGGGACUAAACUACUGUGGAUAGUUGACAGGGGAAAUUCGUGAAUGCGGCGGCAUCAUGGAAUUCAGCACAGGGGCCCCGGCUUUAUUCAAGAGAGAUGGUGUGGAGAACGGUUUGGUUUAGCUGAAUAUGGGGAAGAUUUUCUCCUAUUUCAAAGAGGUAUCCUCGAUUCGAGUUGAACAUUUUGUGCUUGAGAACUUCUUCUUUUGUUCCCGUUACGAGUUUCUCAAUUUAAGUACUUGAAGUUUUGGAGGUUCAAUUUUACAGUAUCAAACUCUUUUUGAUUUCUAAAAAAUAUUGAAGUUAGUUCAACAUUGUGCAUCUUAAUUGUUGUGCAACUUGGGAAAAUAUCCACGAUUCAUUGGAGGUGAAAUUUUGAUAUUGAAUUGUCUUCAAAGGAACGAUACAAUGUCAGCUACCAAAGACGUCAUCGAGCGUGAGGAUUCAAGCCCAAGUGGUGAAUUCUCUGAAAAUAUCGACCACACAGCAACUCGUGCAACUUAUAUCGAAGCAGAUGAGUUAUCUCAAGAGCAUAGAGAAUAUCUUCUUUCAAAACAUGGAACUUUGGAUUUAGAUCCUCUACCUAGUCAUAGUGAUGCUGAUCCAUACAAUUGGACAAAUAGAAAGGUAUACAUUUGAUUAUCUAUUAUUUUCAAGACCUCACUGAUGAAAAGUAUAGAAAGUUACAAACCUUUUCCUCGUUGCUUUUCAUGCUUGCAUGUCAACUUUUACAGCAGCAGCAAUUAUUCCUGCAUACGAAAGCAUUGCAGAAGAAUUAGGUAUAUCUUUACAACAAGCUACAUAUCUUACCUCGCUCCAAAUUGCUAUCGCUGGAGUGGCACCUCUAUUCUGGAAACCAUUAUCCAACACUUUCGGACGAAGGCCUUUAUUUCUUAUAUCACUUCUGGUUAGCUUGGUUGGAAAUAUAGGAUGUGCUAAGUCACCUACCUAUGCCAGUAUGGCAGCUUGUCGUGCAAUCGUUUCCUUCUUCAUCUCUCCAGCUGCAGCAAUCGGUAGUGCGGUCGUCACAGAAUCAUUCUUUAAAAAAGAUCGAGCUCGUUAUAUGGGAAUCUGGACACUGAUGCUAACAGUUGGUGUACCAUUUUCCCCCUUCAUCAUGGGAUUUGUCGCCGUUCGCGUAGGUUGGCGUUGGAUUUAUUGGAUCGUCGCAAUUAUCAACGGUGUUCAAUUCAUUGCAUAUCUUUUCUUCGGUCCAGAAACACGUUACCUUCGUCAUGGAGUUCAGCAUCCUAAAUCCUCUUUCCGGGAAGAAUACCUUACCUUUCAUCGAAUUGACCCUACACCUCUUCGCGUCUACGAUUUCGUUCAUCCUCUCACCUUAUUCACCAAACCAUGCAUCUUAAUUCCCGCCGCCGCAUACGCGAUGGUCUUCCUAUUCGCCUCAAUCAUGAUCACUGUCGAACUUCCUCAACUAUUUGCCACCAAAUUCGGUUUCGACGCUCAACAGCUCGGAUACCAAUUUCUCGCUUUAAUCAUCGGUUCUAUAAUCGGUGAACAACUCGGCGGUACGCUCUCUGAUUUCUGGAUGAAUCGUCACACGCGUAAAACAGGUGUACAACCAGCUCCCGAAUAUCGUUUAUGGUUAAGUUAUGCAGGAUUCAUCCUCACUAUCGUCGGGGUCGUGGUUUUCCUAGUAAGAACUGAACAGGCGAGAGAUAUGCAUUGGAAUAUUACACCAGUGAUUGGUAUUGCGAUUGCGGGUGUUGGAAAUCAAAUUGUGACGACUGUUUUGAUUACCUAUGCGGUGGAUUCACAUUUGGAGGAAUCAGCCAGCAUUGGUGUUUUUAUUACUUUCGUAAGACAGGUUUGGGGAUUCAUUGGUCCUUUUUGGUAAGUUACAUUCACUUUCUCUUCUUUAUACCUCUAAUUAGUUAUUAACACCUAUCUUAGGUUCCCCUCAAUGUUCACAAACCUCGGUCUUUCAUCCAGUGCAGCAGUAGCUGCUGCUCUUCUCGUUGGCGUUAGUAUCAUCCCAACGUUCAUCGUACAAUUAAUGGGGAAGAGAUGGAGACCAUCUAAACCUGCGGAUACAAUUGGACACAACAGUGAUGGGGAACGAGGUGUUGUGGUUGGGAAUGCGAUUGUGAAUGAGAAUGGGGAUGGGGAGAAAAGGGUUGUGAAGUCAUGAUUGAUGAUUUAAUGAAUAUUGUUUCCUUUACGCUAAAUAUAGAGAUAGAGUUAUUUAGAGGUUUGUGAUUAGGAUUUAGAUAUUUAGGUGGCAUUUUGUAUGUGUAUGUGUAU